AGUUGGUAUUCAGUGACUGUCACAUUAAUCUGCACAAUAAAGUGUUGUUUUUGUAAUAAAGCUUCUGUAGACUAGAGAUUACUGCAGUACGUUUCUCAUCGUACUCCUCGACUAAUUAAAUAGCGCUUCCGUUUCUCAUGUGUAUUUUUAUUUAAUAAAGGUGUGUAUUUCAGUUAAAGUUCAUAUUGUUGUGCGGUUGUUAAUGGUGUUGGGGUUCUUCUCCAGUCCUGCAGGUGGCGCCGCUUCACCUCUGCGCCAUUAAAACCUCCUCCAGCGGGAGCCGAGUGAAAAAUUCCGUCGCUGAUGGAGCUCUUUUCUUUUCUUUAGUUCUUUAUUAUUAUUCAUUUUUAAUCCGUGCCGUUAUUCUACAAUGAAGCCCAAAGGAAAAAGUAGUUAAUAACGAAUCCCUGCUCUUCCUGCUUGUUUAUUUAAACCCUUAUUUAUUGUUUGACACGGUGAAGAUUGUUUGGAAGUCAAGCUGGUGAAGCUAAGCUAACUGUUAGCAUGCUAGAUCAGACGUUAAUGCUAAAGAGUAAACACGGGAAGCGCGUUUGGAUCCAAAUUUUCUUUUAAAAAAAGGGAUAAAAAAAAAUCAGUUCUUAAAAUAUUCUUAUUUGUGUCAGAUCACUACAUUAUGUUCUCACGUGCCAUCAAGUCUAAUCAAAACUACUUUAAAAGGAUCCUUUUGAAUAUAAAAUCAGAACAAUAUGGCUGACAAAAAUCAUAAAUGGUUUUAUUGAAGAUAAUUAUUACAUAUUUAUACACGAAUACAGCUUUUGUAUUUGAAGGUGCUUAUAUAAAUGUGAAAAAGAAGAAUAGCAGAUAAAUAUAAACGUUUAUUUUUUAAAUACUAUUUAUUUAAUAUUCCAUACUUGUUACUUACUUUAUAUUUAUUGUGUAGUGCACGGGGGCUUAGUGGUUAUUUAUAGUGGUUAUUACGUUCGCCUCACACCUUCAGGGUCCGGGGUUCGAUUCCCACCGUGGCCCUGGGUGUGCGGAGUUUGCAUGUUCUCCCCGUGCUGCGGGGGUUUCCUCCGGGUACUCCGGUUUCCUCCCCAGUCCAAAGACAUGCAUGGUAGGCUGAUUGGUGCGUCCAAAGUGUCCGUAGUGUAUGAAUGGGUGUGUGAAUGUGUAUGUGAUUGUGCCCUGCGAUGGAUUGGCACCCUGUCCAGGGUGUACCCCGCCUUGUGCCCGAUGCUCCCUGGGAUAGGCUCCAGGUUCCCCGUGACCCCGAAAAGGAUAAAGCGGUAUAGAAGAUGGAUGGAUGGAGAAUCAAUCAAAUUCAGAAAUACACUCAUUCAGAAUGAGAAUCAGAUUCAGAAUUGCACUCAAUCAGGAUGUAUCAGAAUUAAUCAGAUUCAGAAUUAGACUCAUUCAGAAUGAGAAUGAAUCAGAAUCAUACUUCAGUGAUCCAGUACACUAGGGUACAGGGAAUUUGAUGACUUGUUGGGCUUAUAGACAUUACACAUUACAGAAAGAUAACAAAGACAUGAACAUAGACAACACUGCUAAUAUAACACACGUUUGCUAUGAACACAAGUGGAUACUGUACACUACACAACUGUAAAUAAAAAAGAAGAAUAUUCAGUCUAAUGUGAUGUCACACCACAGGACGAUUUGUGUGAGAUACGUAUGUAUAUAUAUUUUAUGAAAGAGGCUCACACGCCUUGGGUAAUGCUCAUUUUUACAAACUAAAGUCUUAAAGUCGUUUUCUAAGCAGUUCUUCACAGUUCUCUUGUGCAAGCAUUGGGGCGGUCAGAAGCUUUCUGAGAUCCUGCUGUACUUCAUUCGCUUCCAUCGACCUCACCUGUACAUUCCCCGCUAUAAACUUAAAUGUAGGAAGUCUCUAAACCUCUACAUCAUGUCCGAAGCUGAGAGCGCAGCACUGCGGCUCUGCACAUACAUCCUUCUCAUAACAUCAUAGAGCUGGAGAUGUCAGAGUUCCAUCAUCACCAUAGUAAAACGACUACUUAAAGUUGUUUGUUUUAAUUUUGAAUGGAUAUUAAAAAUACAAUAUGCCUUGGAAAAUGUAUGUAAGUUGUGAAGAAGGGAGAGAAAGGGACAGCUUCCUUAUCAACAUGGGUGAAGAAAGAACCAGGAAGCCACUCCUCAUUUCAGAGAAAAUGAAACUCAAAGUUCAGUACAAUCUCUCUCUUUCCCUGUCUGUCUCUCAGUGUGGAAGUUCAGGAAAAUGGCAGAGGCCAGUAUUUCAGUAGAUCAGGAUCAGUUCAGCUGUCCAGUGUGUCUGGAUCUCCUGAAGGAUCCGGUGACGAUCCCCUGUGGUCACAGUUUCUGUAAGGUGUGUAUUAAUGACUGCUGGGAUCAGGAGGAUCAGAAGGGUGUCUACAGCUGUCCUCAGUGCAGAGACACUUUCACUCCGAGGCCUGUUCUACGCAGAAACAACAUGCUGGCUGAAGUGGUGGAGAAACUGAAGACUGAAGUCCAAGCUGCUUCUCCUGCUCACUGUUACGCUGGACCUGGAGAUGUGGAGUGUGAUUUCUGCACCGGGAGAAAACACAAAGCCGUCAAGUCCUGUCUGGUGUGUCUGGCCUCAUUUUGUGAAACUCAUCUGAAACCUCACUAUCAGUCUCCUGCGUUUAAGAUACACACAUUAAUCGAAGCCUCAGCAAAGCUACAAGAGAAGAUCUGCUCUGAACAUAACAAGCCGAUUGAGAUCUACUGUCGUAGCGAUCAGACCUACAUCUGUUACUUGUGUACGAUGGAUAAUCACAAAGGACACGACACCGUCACAGUCACAGCAGAAAGAGCCGAGAAACAGCGAGAGUUAAAGGAGGAGCAGAUGAAAUCCCAGCAGAGAAUCCAGGAGAAGCAGAAGAAGCUGCAGGAGCUGAAACAGACUGUGAACACUAUAAAGCUCAGUGCACAGACAGCAGUGGAGGACAGUGAGAGGAUCUUUACGGAGAUGAUCAGCUCCAUGGAGAAAAGGCGCUCGGAGGUGACGGAGCUGAUCAGAGCUCAGGAGAAGGCUGAACUGAGUCGAGCUGAACGACUCCUGGAGCAACUGGAGCAGGAGAUCGCUGAUCUUCAGAGGAGAGUCACUGAGCUGGAGGAGCUUUCACACACAGAUGAUCACCUCCACUUCCUCCAGGAUUUAGCUUCUCGACGUCGGUCUCCUCCAUUAGACAGAGCAGAGUUUCAGACAUCCAGCAUCACUGACCGUCAACAUCUCUCAUUUGAUGGAGUGAGGAAUUCUCUUUCGGACCUGAAGAAGAGACUCGGGGAAUUCUGUGAGGAGGAAUUCAGCAAACUCCUUCCACAGGCUGCAGCAGUUCAGAUCCUUUCACCAUCAGAGCCACAGACCAGAGAAGACUUUCUGAAAUAUUUCUGUUAUCUGACCCUGGAUCCCAACACGGCACAUCGUUACCUCCUUCUGUCUGAGAAGAACAGAGUGGUGAGAUUCAAUGAGAAAGAGCGGAGGUACCCUGGUCAUCCAGAGAGAUUUGACUACUGGCCUCAGGUGUUGAGUAAGGAGAGUGUGUGUGGACGCUGUUACUGGGAGGUGGAGUGGAGCGGUGCCAGUGUCGUGUACAUAUCAGUCUCAUAUAAACACAUCAGCAGGAAAGGACAGGGUAAUGAAUGUUGGUUUGGAUGCAACAAUCAGUCCUGGAGUCUGUGGUUUUCUUCUUCUUCUUCUGUUCCCCAGUUCUAUCACAACAACAUUAAGACUGCACUCAGAGUUCCAUCGUCCUCCAGAAUAGGAGUGUAUGUGGAUCACAGUGCAGGAACUCUGUCCUUCUACAGCGUCUCUUACACAAUGAAGCUCCUCCACAGAGUCCGCACCACAUUCACUCAGCCUCUUUAUGCCGGGUUUGGGCCCUACUGGCCAUCUGGUUCUAAUGUGAGAUUGUGUGAUCCAGAAAGGAGUAUUCAUAACCUCUGUGUUUGGGCUCCUCCUCCUCCUCCUUCUCUCUCUCUCUCUCACACACACACACACACACACACACACACAGAACCAGGAAGUAACUCCUCAUUUCAGAGAAAAGAAAACAGAGAUCUCUCGUUCUCAGUGUGUGAGAUCAGGAAAAUGGCCGAGGCCAGUAUUUCAGUAGAUCAGGAUCAGUUCAGCUGUCCAGUGUGUCUGGAUCUCCUGAAGGAUCCGGUGACGAUCCCCUGUGGUCACAGUUUCUGUAAGGUGUGUAUUAAUGACUGCUGGGAUCAGGAAGAUGAGAGCGGAGUGUAUCGCUGUCCUCAGUGCAGAGACACUUUCACUCCGAGGCCUGUUCUACGCAGAAACAACAUGCUGGCUGAAGUGGUGGAGAAACUGAAGAAGACUGAAGUCCAAGCUGCUUCUCCUGCUCACUGUUACGCUGGACCUGGAGAUGUGGAGUGUGAUUUCUGCACCGGGAGAAAACACAAAGCCGUCAAGUCCUGUCUGAUGUGUCUGGCCUCAUUUUGUGAAACUCAUCUGAAACCUCACUAUCAGUCUCCUGCAUUUAAGAUACACACAUUAAUUGAAGCCUCAGCAAAGCUACAAGAGAAGAUCUGCUCUGAACAUAACAAACCGAUGGAGAUCUACUGUCGUAGCGAUCAGACCUACAUCUGUUACUUGUGUAUGAUGGAUAAUCACAAAGGACACGACACCGUCACAAUCACAGCAGAAAGAGCCGAGAAACAGAGUGAGUUAAAGGAGGAGCAGAUGAAAUCCCAGCAGAGAAUCCAGGAGAAGCAGAAGAAGGUGCAGGAGCUGAAACAGACUGUGAACACUAUAAAGCUCAGUGCACAGACAGCAGUGGAGGACAGUGAGAGGAUCUUUACUGAGAUGAUCGGCUCCAUGGAGAAAAGGCGCUCGGAGGUGAUGGAGCUGAUCAGAGCUCAGGAGAAGGCCGAACUGAGUCGAGCUGAACGACUCCUGGAGCAACUGGAGCAGGAGAUCGCUGAUCUUCAGAGGAGAGUCACUGAGCUGGAGCAGCUUUCACACACACACGAUCACCUCCACUUCCUCCAGGCUUUAGCUUCUGGACGUCAGUCUCCUCCAUUAGACAGACCAAAUUUUCAGACAUCCAGCAUCACUGUCCAUCGACAUCUCUCAUUUGAUGGCGUGAGGAAUUCUCUCUCGGACCUGAAGGAGAGACUCGAGGAAUUCUGUGAGGAGGAAUUCAAAAAACUCCUUCCACAUGCUGCAGCAGUUCAGAUCAUUUCACCAUCAGAGCCACAGACCAGGGAAGACUUCCUGAAAUAUUUCCGUUAUCUGACUCUGGAUCCCAACACGGCACAUCAUUACCUCCUUCUGUCUGAGAAGAACAGAGUGGUGACACGCAGUGAGAGAACGCAGCAGUACUCUGAUCAUCCAGAGAGAUUUGACUGUUGCUCUCAGGUGUUGAGUAAGGAGAGUGUGUAUGGAUGCUGUUACUGGGAGGUGGAGUGGAGCGGUGGUGGUGUUGGUGUGUCUAUAUCAGUCUCAUAUAAAGACAUCAGCAGGAAAGGACGGGGUAAUGAGUGUAUGUUUGGAUACAACAAUCACUCCUGGAGUCUGUGGUGUUUUUCUUCUUCUUCUCUCUGUUUCUAUCACAACAACAUUAAGACUGAUCUCGGAGUUCCAUCAUCCUCCAGAAUAGGAGUGUAUGUGGAUCACAGUGCAGGAACUCUGUCCUUCUACAGCGUCUCUGACACGAUGAAGCUCCUCCACAGAGUCCACACCACAUUCACUCAGCCUCUAUACGCUGGGAUUGGGGUCUCCUGUAGGUAUGGUUCUAUUGCAAGAUUGUGUGAUCCAGAAUGAAGUGUGUAGUGUUUUAUGUAAAAUUCCUGUACAUUUAUUAAUUAAAACAGAGGAGUAAUUUUACAAUUAUUAAAAAAGGAAAUGUUCAAAAUGAACUCUCAGAUAAGAAACUAGUAGAAUUGAAAAAGAAAAUGAUCAGAUGAUAUCUCGUGACCUUAGCGUUAUAAAGUUCUAUCUGUUUGUUUCAUAUUCAGCAACCUCUCAUUAAAUAACUAAUAAACAGUAAUAAAGCCAGUACAGAGCAACAUUUUAAACCUGUUAACGUCACACUAUAUAAAAAUAAAAUCUAAACUUUUGAAGGAAUUAGAUUGUUCUGCUUGUGUUCUAAGAUGUAAAAUACACGUUCACGUUUUAAAAUCUGAAGUUUUGUCAAGUUUAUCUGAGAGUUUUGAAUUCUUUAUUAAAAUAUUACAAUCAAAGCUUUGCAGAGUAAAAGAUAACAGCACAGGAGAAUAAAGUUUCCCCCAGUGAUGAAGUUUAUGUGGUUCACUCAUCUUCAACCAAAAUGCAAAGACAGGAGCUUUUAAUACUGAGGUCAGGAUUUAUCAGCAAGCCGCUGUAGUGACACAUAAGGGUUUUUUUAAAUAAUACAAAUCACUUUAAAUGUAUAUUUUCAGAUUAUUUAAUCAGUGGGAAAUAACUACAAUGUCUUAAUUAUGGUGUUUGUGAAAAUCUCUGACUUAUUCCAUCACAAAACCAUAUAUUUUAAUGUUCUAAUAUAUUGUCUGUGUGGAUAAUGAUGAUAAAUAUGUCUCUGUCUGUGGUCUGACUCCUGACUUGGAUUCUGUGAACAUAAUUGUUCAUUUUCAAUAAAAUAAAGUGACA